UGUGUCAUGGCGGUGGCAUGGUGAAGCCUACAGAAAGGGAAAAAUACUCGCCCCUUUCGUCCUUUCCCAUCGAUUCAGGGCAGAUUUUCAUUCAUAAUUAAGUCUGUCAAGCUCCGGCCUCACACCUUGGAUUUAGCAGCCCAGCGUUGCGGUGUCCCUCCGCCCGGCCAUGGCGGCUCACAAACCAGUGGAGUGGGUCCAGGCCGUGAUUACUAGAUUUGAUGAGCAGCUUCCCAUUAAAGUUGGACACCAGAACACCCACACCAAAGUCAGCACAGAGCACAACAAGGAAUGUCUGAUCAACAUCUCCAAGUACAAGUUCUCCCUCGUCAUCAGUGGCCUCACCACCAUCCUCAAAAAUGUCAACAACAUGCGGAUAUUUGGAGAAGCUUCGGAGAAGAACCUCUACCUCUCCCAGCUCAUCAUCCUGGACACCCUGGAUAAGUGCCUGGUUGGGCAAUCCAAGGACUGCUUGCGUCUGGAUGAGACCAUGCUGGUGAAACAGCUGCUGCCGGAGAUCUGCCAUUUCAUCCACACGUACCGCGAGGGCCACCAGCACGCCGCUGAGCUCCGGGCCUCCGCCUCAGCCGUCCUCUUCUCUCUGAGCUGCAACAACUUCAACGCCGUCUUCAGCCGCAUCUCCACCAGGCUACAGGAGCUCACGGUUUGCUCCGAGGACAAUGUGGACGUUCACGACAUAGAGCUAAUGCAGUACAUCAACGUGGACUGCUCCAAGCUCAAGAGACUGCUACAAGAAACUGUGUUGAAGUUUAGAGCUCUCAAGAAGCCUGCCCAGCUAGCAGUCAUCAACAGUUUAGAGAAGGCGUUUUGGAACUGGGUGGAGAAUUACCCAGACGAGUUCACCAUGCUUUACCAGCGCCCGCAGGCCGACAUGGCAGAAGCUGCAGAGAAGCUGUUUGACCUGGUGGACAGCUUUGCAGAGAGCGCCAAGAGGAAGGCAGCUGUGUGGCAUCUGCAGAUCAUCCUCCUCAUCCUCUGUCCAGAGAUCACACACACCAUCUCCAAAGACACCGUGGAAGAGAGCAAGGCCAAUAAGAAACUGUUUUUGGAAAGCAUGAGGAAAGCUUUAGCGGGCCAGGGGGGCAGCAAGCAGCUGAUGGAGAGCGCUGCAAUCGCCUGUGUCAAACUGUGUAAAGCCUCCACCUACAUCAACUGGGAGGACCACUCCACCAUCUUCCUCCUGGUGCAGUCCAUCGUCAUGGAUCUCAAGGCUCUACUCUUCAACCCAGCGAAACCCUUCUGGAGAGGGACGGGGACCCAGAACGCUGACGUGGAGCUCAUGAUGGACUGCUUUGUCUCCUGUUUCCGCAUCAAUCCUCACAACAACCAGCACUUUAAGGUCUGCUUGGCCUCCUCCUCUCCCUCCACCUUCCACUUUGUCCUGGUCAACUCGUUGCACAGAAUCAUCACUAAUUCCCAUCUGGACUGGUGGCCUAAGAUCGAUGCCGUGUACUGCUACUCUGGAGAGCUCCGCUUUAUGUUCUCCGACACGCUCAACCGGGUGAUACAAGCUGCCGCCACCCACGCUCCAGUACGCAUGACCCCAAGUCUGACUUUCAAAGGGAAGAUAAGCACCAGCCUUAAGUACAAAGAGAAAGCCACAGAACUGGACACUCGAAGCUACAAGUGCCUCCUCCUCGCUCUGGUCAAACUCAUUCACGCAGACCCCAGACUCAUGCUGCAUAACCCGGUCAAGCAGGCUCCAGACAUGCAGAGCAGCACGGCGGAGCUCAUCACCGGCCUGGUGCAGCUGGUGCCGCUCACUAACACCACCCAGCUGUCCCAGGAAGCUAUGGAGGCUCUGUUAGUUCUGCACCAGCCAGAGACUAUAGAGCUGUGGAAUCCUGAAACCCCCAUAGAGACGUUUUGGGACAUUAGUUCACAGGUGCUCUUCCUCAUCUGCCGCAAACUGAUUGGCCAUCAGCUCGUCAACGGGACAGAAGUUCUCAAGUGGCUGAGGGAGAUCCUGAUCUGCAGGAACAAGUUUCUGCUCAAGAACAAGGAGUGUGCCACUAUGGGCGGAGGGAUCCCCAUCUGCCGGCAGGCGCAGACGAAGCUGGAGGUGUCGCUCUACAUGUUCCUGUGGAGCCCAGACACCGAGGCGGUGCUGGUGGCCAUGUCGUGUUUCCGCCACCUCUGUGAGGAGGCUGACAUCCGCAGCGCCGCCGACGAGGUGCCCGUCCAGAACAUCCUGCCCAACUACCCCACUUUCAGUGAACUGGCCUCCGUCAGCAACAUGAUGGGGACAGGCCGGUCCACAUUACAGAAGAGAGUGAUGGCCCUGCUGCGGAGGGUGGAGCACCCCACACCGGGAAACAUCGAGGCCUGGGAGGACACGUAUGCCAAGUGGGACCAGGUCACCAAGCAGAUUCUCAACUCCCCUAAAAACAAGGCCGAUGAUGGGCAGCAGGAGUGGAUCAACAUGACGGGCUUCCUGUGUGCUCUGGGUGGCGUGUGCCUCCAGCAGCGCAGCACCCCUGGCCCGGCCACCUACAGCCCCCCUAUGGGCCCCAUGAGCGAGCGCAAACACUCCAUGAUCUCCAUGGGCCCCUGCGACGUCUACAACCCCGUGGUCUCGGUGUCCUCGUGCUCGUCGUCGGCCUCCAACGAGUCGCCCGUCAGCCGCUUCGUGGACCGGCUGCUGGCCCUGCUGGUGUGCGGCCACGACAGGGUGGGCCUCCACGUGCGCACCAACGUCAAAGACCUGCUGGGGCUGGAGCUCAGCCCUGCCCUCUACCCCAUGCUCUUCAACAAGCUGAGGAACAGCAUCGGGAAGUUCUUCGACACGCAGGGGCCGGUCCCUAUCAACGACACUAACACCCAGUUUGUGGAGCAGACCAUAGCCAUCAUGAAGAACCUUCUGGAUAACCACACAGAGGGCAGCUCUGAACACCUGGGGCAGGCCAGCAUCGAGACCAUGAUGCUCAACCUGGUCAGGUAUGUGCGCAUCCUGGGCAACGUGGUCCACGCCAUCCAGAUCAAAACCAAACUGUGCCAGCUGGUGGAGGUGAUGAUGGAGAGGAGGGAUGACCUGUCCUUCUGCCAGGAGAUGAAGUUCAGGAACAAGAUGGUGGAGUACCUGACGGACUGGGUGAUGGGAACAUCUAACCAGGCUGCUGAUGACGACAUCAAGUGUCUGACGAGGGACCUGGACCAGGCCAGCAUGGAGGCAGUAGUGUCUCUGUUAGCGGGCCUCCCUCUUCAGCCAGAGGAGGGAGACGGAGUAGAACUGAUGGAGGCCAAAUCUCAGCUCUUCCUCAAGUACUUCACCCUGUUCAUGAACCUGCUGAACGACUGCAGCGAGGUGGAGGACGAGGGGCAGGCGGUGGGGGGUCGAAAGAGAGGAAUGUCCCGCCGCCUGGCCUCUCUCCGCCACUGCACCGUGCUGGCCAUGUCCAACCUGCUCAACGCUAACGUGGACAGCGGGCUCAUGCACUCCAUCGGUCUGGGCUACCACAAGGACCUGCAGACCCGAGCCACGUUCAUGGAGGUGCUGACCAAGAUCCUGCAGCAGGGCACGGAGUUCGACACGCUGGCGGAGACGGUGCUGGCCGACCGCUUCGAAAGACUGGUGGAGCUGGUUACCAUGAUGGGAGACCAGGGGGAGCUGCCCAUCGCCAUGGCACUGGCUAACGUGGUCCCGGGGUCUCAGUGGGACGAGCUGGCCCGCGUGCUGGUGACGCUGUUCGACUCGCGCCACCUCCUCUACCAGCUGCUGUGGAACAUGUUCUCCAAAGAGGUGGAGCUGGCCGACUCCAUGCAGACGCUCUUCAGAGGGAACAGCCUGGCCAGCAAAAUAAUGACCUUCUGUUUCAAGGUCUAUGGGGCAGCAUACCUGCAGAAGCUCCUGGAGCCUUUAUUAAGAGGGGUCAUCACCACCCCUGAACACAUCAGCUUUGAGGUGGACCCCACAAGGCUGGAACAAGGGGAGAACCUGGAGGAGAACCAGAGGAACCUGCUGCAGAUCACAGAGCGCUUCUUCCAGGCCAUCAUCGGUUCUUCCAGCGAGUUCCCCCCCCAGCUCCGCAGCGUCUGCCACUGUCUCUACCAGGCUACUUGCCACUCUCUACUGAAUAAAGCAACAGUAAAAGAAAAAAAGGAAAACAAAAAAGCAGUGGUGAGCCAGCGUUUCCCUCAGAACAGCAUCGGCGCGGUGGGCAGCGCCAUGUUCCUGCGCUUUGUCAACCCGGCCAUUGUUUCUCCCUAUGAGGCUGGUAUCUUGGAAAAGAAGCCCCUACCCAGGAUAGAGCGGGGUCUCAAACUCAUGUCCAAGAUUCUGCAGAGCAUUGCAAACCACGUCUUGUUCACGAAAGAAGAACACAUGAGGCCUUUUAACGACUUUGUUAAGAGCAACUUUGACUCAGCCAGAAGAUUUUUCUUGGACAUAGCCUCUGACUCUCCGCCCAGCGACUCCGUCAACCACAGUCUGUCCUUCAUCAGCGACGGGAAUGUGCUGGCCCUCCAUCGCCUGCUGUGGAAUAACCAGGAGAGGAUUGGCCAGUACCUCUCCAGUAACAGGGACCACAAGGCUGUCGGCCGGCGACCCUUUGACAAGAUGGCCACCCUGCUGGCCUACCUGGGCCCUCCGGAACACAAACCUGUGGCUGACACUCACUGGUCCAGCCUCAACCUCACCAGCUCCAAGUUUGAGGAGUUCAUGACCAGGCACCAGGUUCAUGAGAAGGAGGAGUUCAAGGCCUUGAAGACCCUCAACAUCUUCUACCAGGCAGGAACCUCCAAGACCGGCAACCCAGUCUUCUACUACGUGGCCCGCAGGUUCAAAACAGGACAGAUCAAUGGUGACCUGCUCAUUUACCAUGUGCUCCUCACUCUCAAACCCUACUACGCUAAACCCUACGAGAUAGUAGUAGAUUUGACCCACGUGGGACCCAGCAAUCGCUUCAAGACCGACUUCCUGUCCAAGUGGUUCGUGGUCUUUCCCGGCUUUGCCUAUGAAAAUGUAGCAGCUGUCUUUGUGUACAACUGCAACACCUGGGUGAGGGAGUACACCAAGUACCAUGAGCGGCUACUGACGGGCCUGAAGGGCAGCAAGCGGCUCCAGUUCAUUGACUCUCCAGCUAAACUGGCCGAGCACAUUGAACCAGACCAACAGAAGCUACCUGCGGCCACGCUGACCCUGGAGGAAGACCUUAAAGUGUUCCAUAAUGCCCUAAAGCUGGCCCAUAAAGACACCAAGGUCUCAAUAAAGGUUGGCUCGACGGCAGUUCAAGUGACCUCAGCAGAGCGAACCCGUGUUCUGGGUCAGCCUGUCUUCCUCAACGACGUCUACUAUGCCUCAGAGAUUGAGGAGAUUUGCCUGGUGGACGAAAGCCAGUUCACCCUCACCAUGGCCAACCAGGGCACGCCGCUCACAUUCAUGCACCAGGAAUGUGAUGCCAUCGUCCAGUCCAUCAUCCACAUCAGGACACGCUGGGAGCUGUCACAGCCUGACUCCAUCCCACAGCACACAAAGAUUCGACCAAAAGAUGUUCCCGGCACUCUGCUAAACAUCGCCCUGCUGAACCUCGGCAGUUCAGACCCCAGUCUCAGGUCUGCGGCUUACAAUCUACUGUGUGCUUUGACCUGCACCUUCAACCUGAAGAUAGAGGGCCAGCUGCUGGAGACGUCAGGCCUCUGCAUCCCUGCCAACAACACCCUCUUUAUUGUCUCCAUCAGCAAGACUCUGGCUGCCAAUGAGCCCCAUCUAACGCUGGAGUUUCUGGAGGAGUGCAUCUCAGGCUUCAGCAAAUCAAGUAUUGAGCUGAAACAUCUCUGCCUGGAGUACAUGACCCCUUGGCUGCUCAACCUCGUCCGUUUCUGUAAGCACAACGACGACGCCAAGCGCCAGCGCGUCACCGCCAUUUUGGACAAACUCAUCACCAUGACGAUCAAUGAAAAGCAGAUGUAUCCCUCUAUCCAGGCUAAGAUCUGGGGCAGCCUGGGCCAGAUAACAGACCUGCUGGACGUGGUGUUGGACAGCUUUAUUAAAACCAGUGCCACAGGAGGCCUGGGCUCCAUCAAAGCAGAGGUCAUGGCUGAUACUGCAGUGGCUCUUGCUUCAGGGAAUGUCAAACUGGUCUCAAGCAAGGUGAUUGGUCGGAUGUGUAAGAUCAUCGACAAGACGUGCCUGUCGCCGACGCCCACGCUGGAGCAGCACCUGAUGUGGGACGACAUCGCCAUCCUGGCGCGCUACAUGCUCAUGCUGUCCUUCAACAACUCUCUGGAUGUGGCGGCCCACCUGCCCUACCUAUUCCAUGUGGUGACCCUGCUCGUAGCCACGGGGCCGCUCUCUCUGAGGGCCUCCACCCACGGUUUGGUCAUCAACAUCAUCCACUCCCUCUGCACCUGCUCCCAGCUCAAUUUCAGCGAGGAGACGAAGCAGGUGUUGAGGCUGAGCCUGACCGAGUUCUCCCUGCCCAAGUUCUACCUGCUAUUCGGCAUCAGCAAAGUCAAGUCCGCCGCCGUCAUCGCCUUCCGCUCCAGCUACAGAGACCGCUCCUUCUCUCCGGGCUCCUACGAGAGGGAGACCUUCGCCCUGUCCUCCCUGGAGACCGUCACAGAGGCCCUGCUGGAGAUCAUGGAGGCUUGUAUGAGGGACAUCCCAGCUUGCAAGUGGUUAGACCAGUGGACAGAGCUGGCACAGAAGUUCGCAUUCCAGUACAACCCCUCCCUCCAGCCCAGAGCAUUGGUGGUGUUCGGCUGCAUCAGUAAGAGGGUGAGCCACGGCCAGAUCAAGCAGAUCAUCCGGAUCCUCAGCAAGGCCAGCCCUCUGCUCAGCAUCGACCGGGGUCUGGAAAGCUGUCUGAAGGGGCCGGACAAUUACAACAGCCAAGUAUUAAUAGAGGCCACAGUCAUCGCUCUGACCAAGCUGCAGCCUCUUCUAAGCAAGGAGUCUCCCAUGCACAAAGCUCUGUUCUGGGUGGCCGUAGCUGUGCUGCAGUUGGAUGAAGUCAACCUGUACUCUGCCGGCACCGCCCUGAUGGAGCAGAACCUCCACACUCUGGACACUAUGCGUGUCUUCAACGACAAGAGUCCAGAGGAAGUGUUCAUGGAGAUCCGGCGUCCUUUAGAAUGGCACUGUAAGCAGAUGGAUCACUUUGUGGGCCUCAACUUCAGUGCCAACUUCAACUUUGCACUGGUGGGCCACCUACUCAAAGGCUACAGACACCCUUCCGCCACCACAGUAGCGAGGACAGUGAGAAUCCUGCACACUCUUCUCGCCCUGAUCAGCAAGCAUCUGAAAUGUGACAAGUUUGAGGUUAACACCCAGAGCGUGGCCUAUCUGGCUGCCCUGCUCACUGUAUCUGAGGAGGUCCGGAGUCGCUGCAGCCUCAAACACAGGAAGUCCCUCCUGAUUUCUGACCUCUCCAUGGACCCGGUACCCAUGGAAACGUAUUCAAGUCACAUCAAUGAUCCCAGCUGCAGAACUCUGCGCGAGACCCAGCCAUGGACGUCCCCCCAGGUUUCAGAGCGCUACCUGUCGGCCCAUCACUACCCGACAGUGGGACAGAUCAGCCCCCGGACUCGCAAGUCCAUGAGCCUGGACAUGGGUCAGCCCUCGCAGGCCAACACAAAAAAGCUCCUGGGCACCAGGAAGAGCUUCGAUCAUCUCAUAUCAGACUCUAAAGCACCAAAGAGACCAGAGAUGGAGUCGGGUAUGACCACCCCUCCCAAGAUGAGGCGUGUGGCAGAGAACGACUACGAGAUAGAGACGGCAAGAAUUGCGAACUCCCACCUCCGCAAGGUGUCUGUAUCAGAGUCCAACGUGCUGCUGGACGAGGAGGUGCUGACCGACCCAAAGAUCCAGGCUCUGCUGCUUACCGUGCUGGCCACCCAGGUCAAAUACACCACUGAUGACUUCGACCAGAGAAUUCUGUAUGAGUACUUGGCCGAAGCUAGCGUCGUCUUCCCAAAGGUGUUCCCAGUCGUUCACAACCUACUGGACUCCAAGAUCAACACGGUGCUGUCUAUGUGCCAGGACACCAACCUCCUGAACCCUGUCCACGGCAUCGUCCAGAGCGUGGUCUACCACGAGGAGUCGCCCCCCCAGUACCAGCCGUCCUACUUACAGAGCUUCGGCUUUAAUGGACUUUGGAGGUUUGCCGGACCCUUCUCUAAGCAAACACAGAUACCGGACUACGCCGAGCUGAUCGUGAAGUUCCUGGAGGCGCUGAUCGACAGCUACCUGCCGGCGGCGGACGAGGAGCGGGGGGAGGAGCAGCUGAGGACGCCCACCUCCCCCUACCCCCCCACCAGCCAGAGCCAGCUCAGCAUCACUGCCAACCUCAACCUGUCCAACUCCAUGACCUCACUGGCCACCUCGCAGCACUCCCCAGGUGUGGAUAAGGAGAACGUCCAACUGUCCCCCAGCUCCGCCCUCUCCAGCGGUGGGCGUACUCGCCACGGAUCGGCCAGUCAGGUACAGAAGCAGCGCAGCGCGGGCAGCUUCAAGAGACCCAGCAUCAAGAAGAUCGUGUGAUCGGCCGGAGAUCGACCCGCCCUCCUCCUCCUCCUCCUCCAGCCCGCCGGGGCUCACGCUGCACUCCACUUCUUACUCUGUUUAUUCCCUCCUCCUUCUUAACGGUUGUUUCCCCUGGCGUGAGAACUCUUCAGUUGGGCAUGGAGGAGGAACACUAACACAUUUCGUGCUGCUUGAGAUUAGUUUGAUUUGCGCACGGUGGAGGAGAAGCUUUUCGUCGGAGUAGUUCCUGUUCUCUGGAGCGGAUGUUGUCUUCACAGAUAUUCAGCAGCAGGUUAGAGUCGGGUGGAGUUCACUCCUGUGAAACUUUUUUGGGGGGAAAAUGUCCCCCCGAGCCUGACGGGAAAGCAGGUUCAGCUUGGACAGGGAGGAAACAGGAAGUGAAACUUGUCUUUACGCUAAAGUUGGAUCCGUCCUUUGGCCUUCCUUGUGACUAAACACUCCUGUGUCAGUGAGAGGGACCAAAUGACAGCAACAGUAGAAGGGGGGGGGGGCCUACUCGGACACCUGGGCCCACCUCUCCCAGUCGUGUACAUAUUUUACAUAGACAGAUUAUGUAUAACUAGUCCUUAGUGCUAAUUUAGAUGUUGAUGUUUUUCUCCAUGGUGUGCCUUUGUCAGGGUUUUUCAAUGUGUACAAUUUGUAAAGUAAAAGUGAAAGACAAAGAACAGGUACUAAUUAUGGAGGCGAGCCGUCCAUAUCACCACGCGAGCCGCAUCACGACGGGCCUCCAAACGAUCGUCAAAUAUACAAUCAUCCAUAUACCCUGUUGCCUGAAAGUAUUUAUCCUGUACAGCUAGAUAGCGCUACACUUUCCAAAAAUCUUCUUUUCAAACACUUAUGAACGAGAAGAUCGCAAAAACACUAGGGGGAAAUGUAAGUGUGUAAAUAGCUCCGAGCUUUUUUUUUGUUCGUUUUCGUGCGCGUCGUUUUUUUAUGUAGCUGUUAAAUGUCAGUUGUUUUUUUUUUUUAAGUACGAAGUGUGUUUUCAGCCGCAUAGCGUUUUAAUUUGUUUACACAGUGACAAGGAAAAUUGUGUAAUAGGCAAUAAUCCUCCACUCUGAAUCUCCUUUGUCAACCACACACUUUGUUUUAUUUGUACAUCAGUGUCAGCACGGUGCAAUAUGAACUCCUAAUCUGCCCGGUAACACCGAAUGUUAGCUGCUGUUGGUUACCUCCUAUGACUAUUUCAAUAGAAAAAGAGGCAGUGGACACAGUGACGUUUGAUCCAAUCACACAAACACACACACACACACACACACACACCGUCCUGUGGGCUCUUCAAAGGAAACAUUUAGCCUACCAGGCUUUGACACAGUUUGUCAGGACUACGUAUUAUCGGAAAUUGUCACAAUUGUUGUUGUUUUUUAAUCACAAUGUGUUCUAUAAUGAUGUUUUAUUAUUUAAUGACUAAAGCCAAUUCAACCCUUUCCUGUUCCUGUCAAAACAGCAUGGAGACUGUGAGGAAAAAAGCUAAUAAGUUACCCUUGUUUUUACAAACUACUCUUUCCAGUCACACUAAAAAUAAAGUAAACCUUCUCAAAACUCAUCACGAUCAAAGAAUAUCAAAACAUUUGGUGCCAGCUCUCUGUACGUCAUCUUUUACUUCGUGCUGGAGCUGAAAGCUGAGGCAGAUUUCUCGAAUCUUUACAAUCUUCUAAAAUAAUGGGAAAGAUGUAAAUGCUGACAGAAACGCUGACAGAAACGCUGACUCCAGAGCGCCUCCACCUUGCUCCACCCUAUAGGUGGCACGGAUGAAGUUCCUCAGAGUGAGGUUUGUCCUUUAAAGAGGUUCAGUAAUAAUAACGCAGGUUGCCAAUGCCUCAGUCCCACACGCCUGUUCUGCACAUUUCUGGGCGCAUUUGAAGAAUGCUGUCUCAAGAAAGAUAUAGUUUCCACUCGAUCUGUAAAUCAGCACGGUGUAGUGUUUUAGAUAGUGUAUAGAUUUCUCAAAACUUCUUUCAGUGAGUUUAAACUUGCUAGCUAAUCCACUUCGGAGAACACCAUCCUCUUAGCUUAUAAUCGCUAAUGGUAACAAACUGACAAAACAAAGGCUCGAGAACCCAGCGCCUACAUGUGCAUAGCGGACACCAUCGGCCAUCUUUUGAAGAUAUGCCGUCUUUCAGCAAACUAAACUGUUCGGCUCACACUAUUUGUUAAUCCCUAAGGGUUCAAUCUGCAUUACCAUGCCACAAUAAAGCCAACAGCAGUCAUGGUGUUUGUGAACCAGUGGCACAACAUGGAAAAAGUCACAUGUUUUUUAGGGUUAGGGUUAGGUUGAACGAUGUAGAAAGGGAUUGCGUAGAUCAGUGCUCCACCCACAGCUCCUCUGUCCCGCCCUAACAUCUAUGCAUGGCAACAGUUGUAGAAAAAGUGUAACUUCAUUCGUCGGACAUUGUUUCUCACCAUUCUCAGUGUUCAUGGUACUUCAUGGAAACAUUCGUCGAUCAGUUCACUACUGAUUUAGUUUUUCUUGUAUUGUAGUCGUCGGGACGUUCUUUUUGUCCUCUCCAUUCAGUAAACACAUUAGGUAAACCCGACGGAAAGGGACAUUUUGAUUAGAGACAGCCUUAUAAAUGGUAAUUCAAUCUCAAAGAAUGACAUAAAGGGAAUAAUACAAGUAACAACCAAGAACUGAGUUCAUUAAUCCAGGUUCCGGUUUAUCAGAUAAAUUGGUCCAUCGUCUGCAAACAACCAAUCAUCAACUAGCGCCUGGUUUAAAGCAUACUGACACUUAAGAAAGCCCCAAAAAAAUGACACAUCAACAUUUUAUUUGUAUAAAAUGUUUCCAAACUAUCUUUUUAACUUUGAACGUAAAAGAGCUGGACUGUGCUGACUGGCCAAAGCUUUAUUUAAUUAAACAUUAGUCCCGUCCCCCCCUCAUGUAAAUAGGCCUAACCCUAGUCCAGAAUCAAGCAUGAAGUUUUAUCACCUUUACGUUGUUAACGUUCUCUGAUGCAAGAUGUUUGGAGCCGUGAUGAAUUGGCACAAAGAGACCAUGAAGGUCCAGAUUGGGUCAGGAUUAGGAUCUAUAAUUCAGUAUUAGAAUUUUUUAUUCAGGAUUAGGAUCUGUGAUUCAGUAUUAGAAUUUUAAAUUCAGGAUUAGGAUCUAUAAUACAGUAUUAGAAUUUUAAAUUCAGGAUUAGGAUCUAUAAUACAGUAUUAGAAUUUUAAAUCCAGGAUCAGAAACGAAGAUCCGGAUUGGGAAGAAAAUGUACGAUUAGGAACACAAUUCGAGAUUAGCAAUUAAAGUUCAUGAUUAGGAUCUAAAAAUUCAGGAUUAAGGUCUAAAUUCAGGUUUAGGAUCUAAAAUCCGACCCGCAGAGAUUGUGAUGGUUCAUUUUUGUCCAGAUCUCAGUGUCAGAUUCCAUAGAACUGUCUCAUCGUUAAGCUCAAUCCAUCGUCUCUUCUCACCGUCUAACUGUUCUUAAAGCUACACUCACUGAUUUUCCUCUGAAACAAACCUUGAAUUACAGAAUCAGCGACUGUACCUUUAACAAGACAACCAGGAAAAAUCUGUAGGCUGGUUUAUUUGAGCGCCGUGUUCACAGAUUCCAACAUUUCCGGGUUGUGGUUUGACUUGUGUGUGAAUGGAAAUAUUAAGGAUUAUGUAUCCAUAACCUCUUAAACAAGUGGUUGACUUGCACUAAUUUAAAAACAGUCAUGGGUUUGUAAAGAUGAAAAACCUCAAAAUGUGGCAUGUUUUAUUUGAUGUUAUGCAAAAUCUAAUGUCUGUAGAGUAAUAGUCUGAGUUUUGUUUUAUUGCAGUAUGUGUGAUAAUUGUAAAUACUUUGUGUACAAUUUGAGAUGGUAUAUUUACUACACUGUACAUACAUGUGAUAUUGUAUCAUUUUGUUUUUGUAAAGCAGUUAGUUUCUGUAUAAUAAUAUACAAAUUGAACUAUUCCAGUGUUAGUAAUAAAAUGUUUUGCUCUCCAAAA